CCACCCCCCCACCCCCCCGCUCCUCGUUGGAAAGACAAAAUGUGCAGGGUGAUAGGUUGGGUGAAUUGAUGGCAUCCUUCCUCCUGCCAAGUCGGUCCGUUUUCUAAAAAAAAAAACCCUUUUAGGAAGGCUAGAGAAUUUGAUUCUGUUGGAGAAUAUAACCCCGGUGGUUGCUUGCUCAGAGGGGAAAAGCAGAGAGGAAUACGGGAACCGUCCUGUGCAAUCUCUAUUGUUUGAAACUUACUUUAUAUCAGAAAUUGAAGAUGAGAACGGAAAAGAAACGGAGCAAGUUCAGUAGCUACCCAGUCUAACAUCUUACUCAUAUCUUAAGGAAUCUUACAACUACUUAUUUUGAAUUGAGAAAAUGACUGCAUAUCUAGAAGAAAGUACAGGUUUUUGGAAAAGAAUACCCGUCAAAAAGUGGAACAUCCAAUAGUUAAUUUGGAAAUAGAAUAAAGUAAAUAGACCUGUUAUGGUGCGAUUCUGGAGUGGAGUUAGCUCUAUAGCACACAGGUAGCCCUCCAAGGAGGAGGAAAAAAAAAAAGCUCUCUGUUUUUCUAAAUUAUGGAAAUUUUUUGGAAGACGUGGACAUGGAUUUUGAGCCUAGUCAUGGUUGCAUCGGAAUUUCACAGUGACAACAGGCUUACGUAUAGUUCUCAAGAGGAAUUCCUGUCUUAUCUUGAACACUACCAGCUAACAAUCCCAAUAAGGGUUGAUCAAAAUGGAGCCUUCCUCAGCUUUACUGUGAAAAAUGCUAAACCCUCAAGAAGGAGGAGGAGCACAGACCCCUAUGACCAAGAACUGGCAGCAUCUAAGUUAUUUUUUAAACUUUCUGCCUAUGGCAAGCACUUUCAUUUAAACCUGACUCUCAACACAGAUUUGGUGUCCAGACAUUUUACAGUAGAAUACUGGGGGAAAGAUGGACCCCUAUGGAAGCACGAUUUUUUAGACCACUGUCAUUACACAGGAUAUUUGCAAGACCAACACAGUACAACUAAAGUGGCCUUAAGCAACUGCAAUGGUCUGCAUGGAGUUAUUGCUACGGAAGAUGAAGAGUAUUUUAUUGAGCCUUUAAGGAAUAUAACUGAUAAUUCCAGUGACUUUAAUUAUGAGAAUGGUCAUCCUCAUGUUAUAUACAAAAAGUCUAUCAUGUACCAGCAACACCUAUAUGAUCAUGGUCACUGUGGAGUCUCAGAAGACCUCACAAGAAGCAGUAAACCUUGGUGGAUGAGUGAUGCAUCUGCUUUUCCAACUUCACUUCCAGUCAAUGACACACUAAGUAGUCACAGUCGACAGAAGAGAUCAGUAAGCCUUGAACGGUUUGUGGAGACGCUGGUAGUAGCAGACAAAAUGAUGGUGGGAUAUCAUGGUCGCAAAGACAUUGAGCACUACAUUUUGAGUGUAAUGAAUAUUGUUGCCAAACUUUAUCGUGAUUCCAGUCUAGGAAACGUUGUGAAUAUAAUAGUGACACGUUUAAUUGUCCUCACUGAAGAUCAGCCAAACUUGGAGAUAAACCACCAUGCAGACAAGUCCCUCGAUAGCUUCUGUAAGUGGCAGAAAUCCAUUCUCUCCCACCAAAGUGAUGGAAACACCAUUCCAGAAAAUGGGAUUGCCCACCAUGAUAAUGCGGUUCUUAUUACUAGAUAUGAUAUCUGCACUUAUAAAAACAAGCCUUGUGGAACACUCGGCUUGGCCUCUGUGGCUGGAAUGUGUGAGCCUGAAAGGAGCUGCAGCAUUAAUGAAGACAUUGGCCUAGGUUCAGCUUUUACCAUUGCACAUGAGAUUGGUCACAAUUUUGGUAUGAACCAUGAUGGAAUUGGAAAUUCCUGUGGGACCAAAGGUCAUGAAGCAGCAAAACUAAUGGCGGCUCAUAUUACAGCAAACACCAACCCUUUCUCUUGGUCAGCCUGCAGUCGGGAUUACAUCACCAGUUUUUUAGAUUCGGGCCGUGGUACUUGCCUUGAUAAUGAGCCUCCCAAGCGUGACUUUCUUUAUCCAGCUGUGGCCCCAGGUCAGGUGUAUGAUGCUGAUGAACAGUGUCGCUUCCAGUAUGGAGCAACAUCCCGUCAAUGUAAAUAUGGGGAAGUGUGUAGAGAGCUCUGGUGCCUCAGCAAAAGUAACCGUUGUGUUACCAACAGUAUUCCAGCAGCUGAAGGUACUCUUUGCCAAACAGGGAGCAUUGAGAAGGGGUGGUGUUAUCAGGGAGAGUGUGUACCUUUUGGCACUUGGCCCCAGAGCAUAGAUGGAGGUUGGGGUCCAUGGUCAAUAUGGGGAGAAUGCAGCAGGACCUGCGGUGGCGGAGUCUCCUCAUCUAUAAGACACUGUGACAGUCCAGCACCUUCAGGUGGAGGUAAAUACUGUCUUGGAGAAAGGAAGCGGUAUCGCUCCUGCAAUACUGAUCCAUGUCCUUCAGAAGCCCGUGAUUUUCGAGAAAAACAAUGUGCAGACUUUGACAAUAUGCCUUUCCGGGGAAAGUAUUAUAACUGGAAACCCUACACUGGAGGUGGGGUUAAACCAUGUGCAUUAAACUGCUUGGCUGAAGGUUAUAAUUUUUACACUGAACGUGCUCCUGCAGUAAUAGAUGGGACUCAGUGCAAUGCUGACUCACUGGAUAUCUGUAUCAAUGGAGAAUGCAAGCAUGUGGGUUGUGAUAAUAUUUUGGGGUCUGAUGCUAAGGAAGAUAGAUGCCGUGUUUGUGGAGGAGAUGGGAGUACAUGUGAAGCAAUUGAAGGUUUCUUCAAUGAUUCAUUGCCCAGAGGAGGCUAUAUGGAAGUGAUUCAAAUUCCAAGAGGUUCUGUGCACAUUGAAAUAAGAGAAGUGGCAAUGUCAAAGAACUACAUUGCUUUAAAAUCUGAAGAGGAUGACUACUAUAUUAAUGGUGCCUGGACUAUUGACUGGCCAAGAAAGUUUGAUGUUGCUGGAACAGCUUUCCAUUACAAGAGGCCAACAGAUGAACCAGAGUCUUUGGAAGCACUAGGCCCUACUUCAGAAAAUCUCAUAGUCAUGAUUCUGCUACAGGAACAAAAUUUGGGUAUAAGGUAUAAAUUCAAUGUUCCCAUCUCUCGCACUGGCAGUGGAGACAAUGAAGUUGGCUUUGCGUGGAAUCAUCUGCCUUGGUCAGAAUGUUCUGCCACUUGUGCUGGAGGUGUGCAGAAACAAGAGGUGGUGUGUAAAAGACUGGAUGACAACUCUGUUGUACAAAACAAUUACUGUGACCCUGACAGUAAGCCUCCAGAAAACCAAAGAGCCUGCAACACUGAGCCUUGCCCACCUGAAUGGUUUAUAGGGGAUUGGUCAGAAUGCAGUAAGACCUGUGAUGGAGGAAUGCGUUCACGAACAGUUCUCUGCAUCAGAAAAAUUGGACCUUCUGAGGAAGAGACACUGGACAAUACCAACUGCUUAACACACCGGCCUAUUGAAAAAGAACCCUGUAACAAUCAGUCCUGUCCCCCACAGUGGGUCGCUUUGGACUGGUCAGAAUGCACGCCAAAGUGUGGUCCAGGAUUUAAACACCGAAUUGUUCUGUGCAAAAGCAGCGAUCUUUUAAAAACUUUUCCAGCUGCUCAAUGCCAAGAGGAAAGUAAACCUCCAGUCCGCAUCCGCUGCAGUUUAGGUCGAUGUCCUCCUCCUCGCUGGGUUACUGGAGACUGGGGACAGUGUUCUGCACAAUGUGGUCUUGGGCAACAGAUGCGAACAGUACAGUGCCUCUCAUAUACCGGACAAGCAUCUAGUGAGUGUCCAGAAACACUUAGACCUCCAUCAAUGCAGCAGUGUGAAAGCAAAUGUGACAGUACUCCCAUUUCCAACACGGAAGAGUGCAAAGAUGUGAACAAAGUGGCAUAUUGUCCACUGGUGCUGAAGUUCAAGUUCUGCAGUCGAGCAUACUUCAGACAGAUGUGCUGCAAGACCUGCCAAGGACACUGACCCACAGAAAGCAUGAGAAUGUGCCUUGCUUGUUGUUACCAUUGUGGAAAAGUGUCCAUCGAAGAGAGCCACACAGCGGAAUGAGAUUGACGUCCUUGCAAAUGCAUUACCCUGUGGAAAACGUAACCACUGGUCAGCCCCAGCUGACAGGAUUUCAAUAUUAUUUUAACUUCUGUGAAGUGGGAUUUAUUCAUCCAAAGUGCUGGACACAGUAUAAGGAGGGCAUGCCAAAUUGGAAAGAUCCACACAACACAUAUAGAAUAGCUUACUGUGGAACAUUUGUGUUCUUUUGACUAAAUCCAAUAGUCUGUUUACCUCCUUGGACCAUUAAAAUAAUUUUUAUUAUGGACUUAGCAAUGACACUGAAUCCAUUUGUAUUUAAAACUGUUUAAAAUGUAGCUGUUAUGACUUGGUCUACUAUGGAAGUAAAGAAGAAUCAAAAAAAAUGUUAAGUCAUAGCUUAAAAAUGUUAACUAUUUUAUCUCACGACACAGCACCACAAUUUAAAUUAUAAAAUGAGCUUGGAAUUGUUAUUUAAGGAGCAGAUUUUUUUUUUAAAUGUAUUUUUCCUUCAUUCCAUCUAAUUCCCUUUGGAGUAAUCCAUAUUUCCUGAACACUGCUGUGAGCCAUAUAUAAAACUAUACUCAAUAGAACAACCAUGAGGGACAUUGUUUUAAGAGGUGCAACAGUUAUUGCAGUGGUGCAUGAAAUACAAGUGUGCUAUGAAAUGAAAUGAAAUCUGUGUUGCAGGUUUAUAGCCAUCUUACCAUUGUACAAGCAAAGCUGAGAUUUCUACUAAAAGGGAACAUAUUUCAAUACCAUGGAGGAGUGGUACUCCAAUAGUGGUGAAGACCAUAUGGCCAGCUCUUUCACUGCUACUGUGCAGUUUGCGUAGAAUUUAAGAUUUUGACUUCAGCUCACUUUUGUUUACAUCACUAGCCACAAAGAAACAACUUUGUCAGCAUCUAUGUCCAUUUUAUGCAUUACUUUUGAUUCUCCAAUACCAAGAAGUUAUAGUGCAAAACGAUAAGCCUACUGUGUAAUAACAAUAGUUCUUUACAAAGCUGGAAGUUAAAAUGGAUUUCAAAUGUUCCCUUCUUUGAUACCAUAGUGGAAGAGCAUUUUUUUUCAAAAAGAAUAUGCGAGUCUGCAGUUCAGGAGUCCACAUCAGAGUGGACAAGGAUUACAACCAAAGAUAAAAGAUUUUUGGGGAUAUGUAGGUUCUGCAAAUGAGAAGUCGAGUGUGCUUGAGCCAAAAGGCAUACUGGGCUAUCAGGAGUAAGGCACACUGGAAAAGGGGUGGCUAGAAUGAAGUCUGGUCACCUUGACCUAAAUGGCCAAGUACCCAUUUAAAGCUGGAUCAUAUUUAAAGCUUGAGGCAGCUUUCAGUGUGAGACUGGAACGAAGUCCUGCCUCUGGAUUCAUAGCUAGAUGCCAAUAUAUUUCUAGCUAUUCCAAUUAUUCUGCUGUCAUACUCCACUUAUUCCAUAUUACCAUAUUUUUAAUAUUCACCAAUUACUUUGCAUUUUUAAAUGUGAAACCAGACUGCUUAGGCAAGUCACAUUCAAGAAUCUACCAUAAAAACGUUUAGUGUAGUGCUCCUCUUCCCCUUCACUCUCAAUAGCAAGACUCAACAAGGAGAUAAGGAAAGUGGGUACUUGUUUAUAUUAAUAUAUUGUACUUGAACACUUGCAGUUUGCAGCAGGUACUUGAUGAAUGUGCUUUUGUGUCAAACUAUGCCUCCUUUGUUGUAGUGCAAUUAAAAUUAUGUGAACAAUAAUGUGUUACAAAUUCUAACUCAAAUAGCACUUUUUUAAGAAAGUACUCUUUUCAGUGAAAAAUAAUUUCAAAAUAUCAUGAGAUUGAAGUGUAUCAAUGUAUUUUACCAAGAACAAGCCAGAUGUGUUGCACGCUAUCUACUAAUGUGAAUUAGCAUGGAGUAGUAGAUGUUGUUAGCAGGACUCAUACUAUGAAAUCCCCCCAACAUAUUGACAAUCUAUCAGUGGGGUUUUGUGCAACCCACGUACUCAUGACCAUCAAAGUUCUGUCAUCUGCUACCUCUUGCCAGUAUUUUCACUUCCUUACACCUGAGACCAGUGGAAUUAAUUUUCAGUUGGCUUGCAUGUAUUCACAUAUGCUUAUCUGCUGCUCUCAUCACCGUGUAAACAACUCCUGCUAAAACUGACACCAGUAAACAGCCUUUGGGAGUUGCACAUAUGGAUUAAGGGCAGUAUGUAGUCCUUCUCUGUUAAGUGAAUUGACUUUCUGUAUCCUUUUGACAAAACACCUUGGUGCUAGCAUGCCCUGGUUAGGCCAAAAAUAUGAUAAAAGGGAAAGGCGUUACUAUGGCAUUCUUUAAACAAGAAGCCUCUCUGUGUCAGGGUCCAGUUUUCUCCAGGGCAUGACUGUGUUUAUAAGAUAAUGUGUCUUUUCAGCUAAUAAGAAAAGGUUUUUUAAUGUAUUCAAAAUAAACUUUUUUUUUUUUUUUUUUUUUUUUUUUUUUUUUUUUUUACCUCACUUAGGAAAAUUGUAAGGAGUGUUUCCAAAGACACAUUUUGCUCUCUUACUGGUGCUAGAACACUAGGGAGUCCCAUGUUUACUCUGCAACAUAACAGCACUGAGGCUGGAAUUUAAAGAACUCCCUGGAGCAACAUUGAAUCAUAUUGUUAAAGGGAACAAAACACAGAAUGUAUGUGGAUUUACAAACUAAGCAACACUUCAGACUAAGACUGACAAAUGAAACCUACUUCAAAGAAAAAUAAUUGGUUUCCACAGCACAGUUCAUUGCUGCUGCUACGCUGUAGCCAUCUAUAUAAUCUAAGCUAAAUAGUGUUAUAUUCCUAACUAGUGACAAUAGGACUAUUUGUGUAGGCUAUAAAUAUGAAAGGCCUAGAAUCAAAUAGUAGAAUAAUAAAUGCAGAAAUCAAUCUGGUGCCAGUACUUCCACUGAGCAAUACUAUCAGCUGAAGAAGAUCAAAACAAAAAUAAUCUAUGGAUUAACCCCUCAAGGUGUAUACACCCAAAAAUAGUCCAUUUUAUUAGGAACUUUGUAAUGGAGUGAAUGUCACAUAGAUAUCCUUAAUAAUACAGACUGAAAUUACCUUUGUAUUAUUGUGAUUAGUUGCUUAUUAUUUUAUACUCAGUAUUAAUGUGGUACACUGUUACUUUAUUAUUAUUAUUUUUUGCUUUUGUAAAUUAUAUUCUAAUUUAUUGUCAUGUUUCUUAACACUUGUUCUACAUGCAUUCUCUUGCUUGUAAUGAAAACAAAAAUAUUGUAACACUUGAUGCAGUGAAAUUCCACACCAGGCACAGAUUUGUUUUUAACAUAGAUAAUUUAGUAAAAUAAAACUGCAGCUUUUAAGAAUGAUA